AUGAGUUACACAUCUGGUCUUCUGUCAUAUCCCUAUCCCUCCUUAUUAACAGAUGAUUUAUCUACACCGCUCGGUUUUUAUGAAUCAUCGUUACCGUAUCGAUUUUUAUCCAAUAAUAGUACUAAUGUGUCACUAAAUCAAGAUUUAUCCUAUAAGCCUAUCGGUGGUUAUCAAUCAUAUAGAACAACAAAUUAUGCAUCAUUAUCAAGUCCAUUAGCCACCUAUCGUUCGCCACAUUGGUCUGUAUUACAUAGUAAUCAAAAUUCAUUCAGUUCGCUAAACGAUUUCUCAGAGUAUUCAGAAAGUUUAGCGACAGCUUCAAAUACGGCAUCUAGUGUUGCUCGAUCCAUUAUUAAUGGUCCUUCACUGUUGACAACAACAUAUCAACAACCUAAUCGCACCGUAUUCGAACAGACAUUUUUAGGCUCUCUCUGGGAAGAUAAAAGAGAUCAUUUGAACUUAAAUGAACCAACUGCUGAGACACAUAUACUCCCAAACACUCAAAAUUCUAAAAUACAUCCGAUAGAACACAUUCGAUCGCCGACGAGGACCAUAAAACCAGCUGAUACAAAAGUUUUACAAAAUAAUGAAGUUUUUCAUAGUGUACAAUCAAAUCAUAUUGAAUCACAUCCUCCACAUACAAAAGAUCCAUUCAAUACAUCACAACUACCAGGAUCACCUGGACACGAGCACAAUAAAAUACCAAAACAACAUCAACUCGACCGAAAUCAAACUAUUACAGAUCUACCAAAUCCUAUGGAAACAGUUGAAGCAUGGCUCAGUGGAAGUCAAUUAAAAAACGAUAAAGACAAUGAUGAUGAUGAUGAUAAAGUUGUUAAGAAAAAUGAGAAACUAUCUCAGAAAAAUCGAGAUGAUACACCGAAAAAUGAUAAUAAUCAAGUGAAACACGUCAAUAAAGGCAAGAUAAUAGAUGGCAAAAUUGGUAGUGAAGAAACGAAUCAAAACCCUGAGCAUGUUUGGUCUAUUAAAACAGAUCAAUUGCACACAAUUCAUGCGAAUCGAGAAAAAAAUAAGUCAAAAUCGUUGAACAGACAACCGGUGCUACCACCACAGAAAACAAGUACAAACCAAGUAGUCAAAUCAAAUAGUACCAACAACACUGCACGAGAGAAUGAUGUUGCAUUUAACAUGAGAAAUGACUCGUAUUUUGAUUCAUUAUUUGAUGGUGUGUUCUACCGCAAAAACUCAUUACUUAACCGAAGUAAACUAGCACAACCAACUUCGAAUUCAUACAAUAAGAUAACUGUACCAAAAAACGUUGUUAAACAAACUACUCAAAAGCAACCAAGAACAGAAAAAUAUGAACCACCAUCAUCAAAAAGAAUCAAUCAUGCCUUAAACACAACAUCAUCAUGGAGAAAACAAUUGCGUUCACUCGGCACACUUUUACCAAAUUCGGUGUUACCAUUUUACAUGCAAAAUGAGCUUACUCAUCGAGACUUUAUAAACAAGGAUGAAGACGAAAGAUAUCGUGAAGCUUUGCAAGCAAUUAGAGCAGAGAAAAAAAGAGAACAAGGUCAAGUAAAUGAAACUGCUGUAAAACGAAUGAGUUAUGGUAAUUAUGUUCGAAAUUCAACAAAAGAUGCCCUUUUAUAUAAUGCAGUUACUCCACGCAAAUGGGGAGACUUCAUGGAUGUUAAAAAAGGCAAUGUUUAUGAACUAAGCAAGGAAGAAAAGAAACAACUGUAUCAACAAUCUAAAUCUUACGGUGAAAGAAUUCGAAAUCGUAAUUUUGCCAUCCAUUAUGCUGAAGAAGCAUCGCGAUUAUAUCCGUCAACAUCUCGACCGUCACUUCAAAUAAACAACAAUGAAAUACAGGAGAAUAAUGCCGAAUCUGAAAUUCAACGACCGCAACAAACAAACUCGCGAGCAUCACAUCCUGAUACAGUGAGUCGAACAUCAAUACGUCCAAGUUCCGCAUCGACAACGAAAACAAUUAGAACAAAUAAAACAUUUACAUUUGAUAAAAAUUUAAGAAGUAAAUCGAAACAAAAACAAGUAAAAUCGAACCGUAGUAGUCAAACAUCAUAUUCAAGAAAUCAAUCGUCAGAUCGAUCAACGAUGCGUCCAUCCGAUGAAGAAGAUGAAGACAUGUCUGAUUAUGACAAUAGUAAACGAUUAUCAAGAAGAGAUCUAUAUACACAGAGCAGUAAACGAAAUACAUACGAAAAUUCAUCAAAUCGAAGUCAAGCGAAAAGUACCACAGCAUCAGAAGAGGAAGAGGACGAUCGUGAUACUCAUACACAGAAUGAAGAUAGUGAUGAGAGUCGACCAUUGUUCACUAUGAGAAAUAAAUCUGAAUAUUCAUUUCUACUACCCACCUGGAAGCUACCAGCUGUUGCCACAACAUCCUUCUAUUCAAAACCAUAUAUUCCUAUAUCAUCAGAACCACAAUGGCCAACGUGGAAUAGUACACCUUACAAUUCAAGUUAUGUACCAUCAACAACUUAUAUUCCUAACACUCCAGCGAGAACACGAUACUAUCCACCAUCAAUAUAUCGUUCUAAAACUUAUAGUACUUAUCAAAGUCUACCAGCGGCACGUAAAGAUCAAAUGAUGGAGGCGGAUGGUUUAAAUUUAACGAUUAGUCUACAACCGAAAAAUGAGUAUCAAAUGUCCUCAGUAACUCCCACUAUUAAAAUGACCAAUUUACCGCCUCCACCUCCAGCACAUCAUCGACAAAAUGGGCACCACCAAUAUAAUAAUAAUAAUAAUAAUGACAAUAAUAAUCGACCAUUUGAUAUGAACAACAUGAAUUCCACAACAACAGUCAAACCAAAGCAUGUUCAAAUCUUCGAAAGUGGAUAUACAACAGGUAGAGACACCUCAAAUUCGAAUGGCGUCUAUCCGUAUGCAAGACGCGAAAAUGGUUUUGAGAUGGAUACACCACGUACACCUCGAAAGCAUAAUGAUAACAAAUAUCCAUACCCAAAACAACAACAUGAAGAAUUAGAUGAUAAAAAUAUCCAUGAUAGACAAAAUCUUAAUAUACACGAAUAUUUAUAUGGACUGAGCGUGCCAGAUCCAGGUAGUUACGUGAAUGCAUUUAAAAAUCAACAAAGACGACGCGAAACGGAGAAAUCGGGUAGAAAAUCAGUACUUUCAGAAUAUAAGAAUUUUGAAAAAAAUCGAGGCUUUGGACCAGUAUUCGGUGACAACGAUGUACAAACACAUGAGGAAAAGGUAGAUACAGAAAAAAAGAAAAAAUAUUAUUCAAAAGAUGUUAGAGAAAAAAACUUUGUUAAACUUGUUGAACAGAGAAAUAAUCAAUACGCAACAAAUCAACAUCUCAAAUCGAAGAUAUCCACACCAAAAGCACAACAUGUACGUCAAUACGCUGAUAAAAUUAAAAAACCGCGUAAAUUAAAAUCACUGAGUUUAACAUAUAACAAUGAUGUUGAUGUGUCAAAAAAUUACCCUUUUAUUUUAAUUGACAAUUCUCACAAUUCGAAUUGCUAUGAUUUUUCUUAUUAUAACGAAUGUUAUUUGAAUCAUUUCUCCUUUGAUUCUCUUCAUCGAUGGUAUAAAUGUGAAUUAUGCUUAGCUGAAUUAAAUGCUCUUGAUCAUCUGUUAUCAGUUCAUCAACAAAUGAACUGGUAUUCGACACCUGUGCAUACACAUUUUCAACACAUUGAUUUUGAUAGUAAUGAAUUUUUGAAAAGACGCUCAAGUUCACACAUUGAGAUACCGCGAUUAUACCUUCCAUCAUGGAAUACCUGUCGAAGAUCCGAUACCUCUUUUGCUCGUACUACGUUUGACAUGAAAGUAGGGCCUGAAAUACAAAUACCGACGAUCCAUGAUACUGCCAGUACAAUUGAGUCAAAAAAUAGUACAAAAGAUUUCAUGAUACCACUGUCUAAACUAGAUGUGGAAAAAGAAGGAUAUUUCGAACGUACGAGAUUAGUUAAAAAACAACCAAAUGAUAAAAGGUUAAAAAAACGUCAUCAUGAAACAGCAAACACUAAUAGUUCUACUUCGCUCAAUGGUAAAGUGUCAGGUAAAUUUCAGUUAAGUGAAAAUAAUAUAAAACCAAAUGAAAAGAGUCGAAUUGAUAGAAUAGUACGACAACAACUAAAUAAGGCAAAAGCGUCACAUAGCAGAAAGAGUCAUAUUGUGACAACAGUUAGAAUAACUGAAACAAAACCGGUAACCAUUACAAAACAUCAACAGGACAGGGAAACAACACCACUGACGACAAGACUUCAGAGACUAAAAAAUAACCUUAGAUUAAUAUCAAUCAAAAAUGAUGAUCCAGACAUUCUAAAUGAUGAUAAUACAACGAAACAACGUCUACAGAAUAUAAUUGCUGGUAAAUCAACUGAUGCCAGAUGUCAACAACGAAAUAAUACAGCCAUGACUAUGACCACGCAAUUUACAACUAGUUCUACUGAGAAGAAAGAUAGUACAUCAAAUUUAGAACGACCAUUAACCGCACUUGAGCACCAAACAAGAACAGAAACAACAGCGAUAGUUAAAAAAACAGUUCAUAAAAUAACACGAAUACGCGAUCCAAUAACAGCACGUUUAAUCGUUAUCGAAGAGUAA